CUAUUGCGCCAUCCGCUCUGGCUUUCGUAACCGCACCCUGGGACAGCCGAGAGACGCUCCGGCGCGAGUUCCUCAAAUGUUUCUUUGCGUUGCCAGGACUGUCCGCUGCUCUGAGUCACGUGCAUGUGGGAAGUCGCACUGACACCGUACCCGGCCAGAGGGAACCGAGCCCAGCGCGGCGCUGAGCCCGGGGACUCGUGGUGCGUGCCGGGCGCGGGCCCCCGAGAGAUAGGGGCUGCCCUCGAGGCCUGAGCCCGCCCGUCGCCCCGCCCCGCCCCGCCCCGCCCGCCUGGUCCCGACCCGCAUGUUCGCUUCUCCCGGGGAUCAUGGAGCGUUAGCUGAGAAGGAAGCAUGCUGGCCGUCCGCUGCGCGCUGCUGAUCUCCCUGCUUGCCGCUCUGGCGGCGGCACUGGCCCCCGGAGGCUGCCCCGCGCUGGAGGUUGCAAGCGACGUGGUGACCAGCCUGCCGGGGGCCAGCGUUACCCUGAGCUGCCCCGACGGGGACCCAGGAGACAAUGCCACCGUUCACUGGAUGCUCCGGAAUGGGGGUGUGGGCUCACCCCACAGCAGAAGGGCCGGCAUGGGAGGGAGGCUGCUGCUGAGGUCGGUGCAGCUCAGCGACUCUGGAAACUAUUCCUGCUACCGGGACGGCCGCCCAGCUGGGAGUGUGAGCUUGCUGGUGGACGUCCCUCCCGAGGAGCCCCAGCUCUCCUGCUUCCGGAAGAGCCCCCUCAGCAGGGUUCACUGCGAGUGGAGUCCUUGGAGCACCCCCUCUCCGACGACCAAGGCGAUGUUACUGGUGAGGAAAUUUCACAACAGUCCAAUAGAAGACUUCCAGGAGCCAUGCCAGUAUCUUCAGGAGUCCCAGAAGUUCUCCUGCCAGUUGGCAGUUCCAGAGGGAGACAGCUAUUUCUACAUAGUGUCCCUGUGUGUCGCCAGCAGUGUCGGCAGCAAGUCCAGCAGGACCCAAACGUUUGAGAGUUAUGAAAUCUUGCAGCCCGACCCGCCCUUCAACAUCACGGUCACCCCCAUGGCGAAGAACCCCCGCUGGCUCAGGGUCGCCUGGCAAGACCCCCCCUCCUGGAACUCAUAUUUCUAUAAGCUACGGUUUGAGAUCCGAUACCGGGCCGAAAGGUCAAAGACAUUCACAACAUGGAUGGUCAAGGAGCUGCUGCACCACUGCAUCAUCCAUGACGCCUGGAGCGGCCAGAGGCAUGUGGUGCAGCUCCGGGCUCAGGAGGAGUUUGGGCAUGGCUCGUGGAGCGAGUGGAGCCAGGAGGUCCUGGGCACUCCUUGGACAGAGUCCAGGAGCCUGAGAACUGAGACGUCGGUGCCAGCCUCCACUCAGGCAUCUACUACUAAUGAAGAUGAUGAUACUAUUCUCCCUAGAGAUUCUGCAAAUGCAACGAGCCUCCCAGUGCAAGAUUCUUCUUCAGUGUCUCUGCCCACAUUCCUGGUGGCUGGAGGAAGCCUGGCCUUCGGAACGCUCCUCUGCAUCGGCAUCAUCCUGAGGUUCAAGAAGACAUGGAAGCUGCGAGCUCUGAAAGAAGGCAAGACGAGCAUGCACCCGCCGUAUUCUUUGGGUCAACUGGUCCCUGAGAGGCCCAAGCCCACCCCGAUCCUUGUUCCCCUCAUCUCACCACCUGUGUCCCCCAGCAGCCUUGGGUCUGACAACACCUCAAGCCACAGCCGACCGGAGGCCAGGGACCCGCAGGGCCUUUACGACAUCAGCAAUAGAGACUACUUCUUCCCCAGAUAGCCGGCUGGGGUGGCACCUGGCCCGUUGGGGUGUCAGAUGUGCUGAACUGUGCGGAGACAGAGCACACCCCGGCUUAGCAAAAGCUGUUUCUCGCCGCCAUUCCAGCUCAUCUCAGGUGUGUGGGGCCUUUGACUUCGCCAUUACCAAAGAGCCUCCCACCACAUUCUCCACUGGUUGAAAAUAUGCUUACUGGGCCUGCUCAGAAGGAAGAGGUGGUUGAGUUUGCAAACCAACCUUCCCUAAAUGCCCUUCUUAAAAGGGGUAGAGGGAACUCAGGGCCACUCUGGAGAGAGAGGUGUCAAAACUCUACUGGACACAGGUGGGCAGAGCCGGGCUGCUGGGGAGGCCUCGGUUUGGUGUGCAGAAGAGGCUGGCUGCCCUGCAGACCCCAACACAUCUUCACAGACUGUGUUCCUCUCUUCCCUCAGGUAGGAGGGAUGGAUAUCCGGCCCUGGUAGCCUGUAUCUUCUGGUCUACUAUACACGGUUUUCACCUUCCAGCUCAAACUCGUGAAACCUAAGUGCCUUCACUUUGCAGUUUUUCUAUGCCUGAGAUGGGCUUUUCAAUCACCAAGGCUGGGGAAAGCUCUCUGUGCUCCAGCCUUUCUUCCCCACAGCUGAGAGGGGAGAGAAUAGUCGCUCAGGGCCUGAUGGUGUUUUAAAUGCAAUGAUAAUUAGUUCCUCGUUAGCAUUUUGCUAAAUGUGAAUGAUAAUCCUAGGCACUUGCUGAAUAUAGAAGCAACUGCACUGGCUUGAUUUCCCUCUGGAUCCCAGGACUUUAAGAGGAGAGAAGCAGUGAGGAAGGAGGGGAGUGGGGGAAGGGUCUCCACACUCCCCUGAAGUGGGGAGCUGAGGGGCCUGGCAGACUCCAAAAAGCAGUGUUCUCUGUGCCCCCCACCCUCCCACGCCCCCUCCAAGGCGAGCUGACAGGAAGGAUGGCUUCUGUCAUUGAUAAGAUGAAGACUGUUUCACUCCAGCUUUGUUUAUUUUUGUUUUAAACUGAACCUGAGUAGCUAGGGAAGACUUUAGGUGAAAUAAGGAUGCGAAAAGAAACAGGAAUCUGGCAAGAAUGUAUUUUAACUUAGUUUUUUAAAAAAGAAACCUGCUAUUUUAUCUUGAGAGGGUGGAAGAUCCAGUAUUAGCUGAGUGUCAGUCAGUAUAUAAAUAACUUGGUGAAAAGCACAAUAACUUUGUUCAGUACCAAACUGAGUCAAACGAAAAAAGAGGAGGAGAAAGAAUAUUUUCCCCUAUUUGAAAAGAGAUUCUGGGUUCAUGCUAUAUUUUGUUUGUGUUUUAAAAAACGAAAGAAAAAAAAAUAGUCUGCCUCUUCUCUAAUUGUAGGGAAAAAGUGGCUUGUCACUACUUCCCCAGGAAAUGGUGACCAGCUCCCUGCAGUAAUGCUGGAAAGCAAACCUCCCACAAUUACUAAGAAGGGUCAGUAGGAAAUCCCCACUCCCUGAAAGCCACCAGCCCUCUGUUACCAAAGGUUCAUUUAAAAAAAUCCCUUACCUUGGGUUCCUUCCUUUUUUUAUAUAGUUCCUUGAAUUUGAUUCAGUUCCACUAAUAUUGAAGCACAGACUAAAUGUCUAGCUGUGACAACCACUUCAGCUCCUUUUUUUUUUUUGUCUGGGCUUUGAAAUUUCAGUGAUGUUAGUGGUUACCCCAGACAGGUACCCUCAAGUAUCGUGGGAUGUCCCAAAGUGAAGCUGUGAUGAAAAUCGGUCACGUAACCACAGGCCUCAAAUUUGCCAGAUCACAACAUUUUUCUAGGACUCUAUACCCUUUUCGGAAAAAGACUGGUGGCAAAAGGACGUUUUAUUUACUGUUUGCCAGGUUCAAAUUCUUAUAUCUUGGGUAAGUAGUGAUUUUUAUUGCUGGCCUUGUCUGUACAUUUUAGACCCUGUUGCUCCAUUAGACGGCUAAGCUUAAAUUUUACAAAAGUCAGGCAGGUGUUUAUUAUUAUUAUUUUUUAAUUAUUUCAUUUUCCUUCUAUAAAGUUUCUGGGACCUCAGAACAGCAGAAAUGCUGCUAAAGGGAAAUAUAAAAAAUGAGAAUUUGCAUGCAAAGGAGCGAUUCUCAGCCCACACCUGAUACAACCAGAGCCAGGAGGUUCAGCUGUGCCAGGCGGAGAUGUGAAAUCCAGAUAGCUGAUUACCGCCAAGAGCUAGGCAGCUUUGAUCUCUGAAUUGUUAUUGCUUUCGAUAUUAUUGUAACAGAACUGCCUUUUUUUUUUUUUUAAUAUUGUAAAGGGUUUUUUUUCCCCUUUAUUUUUUAUAAGCUAAUGUAAAUGAAGGAAAAGUGUUUGUCUUCUCAGGGUUUUAGUUCUUACUCAGUGUCUAUGGCUAUAAACCCAAGCUAUCUCUGUCCUUGAAUUUGUGGUUAAUGAGCAUGUGUUGUAAUUCACAGCCUGCCCUCCCCUGUGUUUCUACAGCCCAUGCACUGCCUCCCAUUCUUGGCGAUGAUGUUACCCAACAUCUGUAGAAUGUGCUACCCCGCGAGAUGUGAAAUGUUGGGACAGAGGUGAUUUAUAUUAAACAUGGUAACUUAUCCUACUCAGUAGAAGAAGUUGAAAAUGUGCUAGUUGAGGGCUUAAAGUGAUCAUUAAUUCUUGUAGCAUUAAUGAACUUUUCUUUUAUGUCAAGGGGGUAGCAUUGGAUGCAUCUCCCAAGUCUUUGGCGACUCUGAGCACUCUUGGCUCUGAUGGAGGCCUUGGCCUUGCAGUUCCUCUGCCAGGCUCCCGGCUCACACCGAGCCUCUGCCAUUUCCCUGCUGUCCUGUGGCAGAAGGAAGAUGUCACCAUGGCAAAGUGUAGAGUCAACAUUCUGGGUCGGGAGCCCACCUGGUGGUGAACAGAGCCCAGUCGGGCAAGCAUGGAGCAGUCUUGGUUUGUAGAUUUUCUGAACGAUGUUCAGGAAUGUCUUGCCCAGCCACUUUGGUGCGGGCCCUUAAGGCUGACCCAGUUAGGGAGAUUCUAACACCCGGCUCCAGGGUGGAGCUGACAAGAAACUGAGUUUUGUUUGGAGGAGCAGGGACAGCCUGUGAUCCUGUGGAGCCCAGGGGCCAUGCCCGGCCUUCUUUCCCAGGUAGCAGUCAGCAGUGGGGCUGUGGCUGGAAGGAGCAGGCUCAGGUUCUCUGCCAGCUGCUCCUGAGCACCCCCUAAAUGUCCUUCCCCCAUCAUGUCCUUGGGGUGGCCAGGCGCCAGCCCCAGGGAGUUUCUAUGGCAACUUUAAUUAUUAAGGAACACUGUGAGUUUUAUAAGCAUAUGCUCAAACCAAGAUCUACUUUAGAAGGGAAGGAUUGGAACAGCAUGUAGCAAGGCUGUUAAUUAAUAUACAGACCUUAUUUGGAUGGAAAUCACACAUCUGUUAGAUAGAAUACCUCAACUCUACAUUGUUUCUUUUUUUAGAGAGAAAUAAUAGUUUUAAGUUUUUGGUGUUUUUUUUUGUUAUUACCUAAUUCCUGAAAGCAAAUACCAAGGCUGAUAUCUGUAUAUGGGGCAAAGGGUCAGUGUGAUACAUUUUUCAAUGUUUUUUUUUUUUUUUUCUUUUUACCAGCUAUUUUGCAUU